AUGAAUAAAGUACGGAUUCAUCAACUGACCUCAAUGCAGAUGUCUGCCACAAAAGCACUUUCCGACGCCGCCGCAUGCCUCAGCAAUCUCACGAUCUGCGAUGAAGCAUCGACCUCUUCGGAACCAGUCACUCGAGCUUCCACGAAAGUGUUCGCCAUUCCCGAGCUGGUCGAGAACAUCCUCGACCACAUCACCUCACCACUCGAGCUAUUCGCCCUCGGCCGAGUCAGCACCGUCUUCCACGACACCAUUGGAAUGCAGAAGAACAAGGUCAAGGUGUUUCUGGAGCCAAGCGCUAGCCCAAAGUUACGCGUCUUCCACCUCACCAAGCUGCUGCUCGCCAAAGGCCUCUGGAACUCGCUCUACCCUUUCAGAUUCGCCGGCCUCACCUACCGCGAACGCGUACGGGACGAAGACGCUCAUCAAAUCGCCGUCGACCAAAUCGUGCUCAAGCUGCAAGUCGAUCGGGAGUGGGCACGCGAGAACUACAGCAAAGCGAAACAAGACAUCUUCGACGAUAGUCUACCAUACAAGCGCGAAGCAUCAUGGCAGAGUGUGCGCCUCGGAGACGGCAAGCGUCAACUUCGAGUCGAGAUCUUGAACUAG